GGGCCUGCUCUCAUGCCCCCCAAAGGUGGGGAGGAGGAGCUGGGGGUGCUUCCAGUGGCACUGGAGCUCAUUCACAUGGCCCUGGCAGCUCCCAAAUAUCUCCCAAGGCCUUUGGAGAGUGGAUAAAAAUAGCCAGGGAUCUGGAAAACAUGACAACUCCCCCCAGUCCCCCCCCCCCAAAAUGCCUGUGGGGUGCCUGGGGCCAAGCUGGUGUCACAGCUGCUCCCAGGGAUCCUGGCACCACUGACCCCCUCUGUCCUGGAUGAUGUCGAGGGUCCUGGCACUGCUGACCCCUCAUGUCCCCCCAGGAGCCCGCACGGGCACCAGCCCCUUCAGAAUGGAGGUGUGGGGCCCUCUCCUCCUGUUUUUGGGGUUCAGAGGGUUCUUCCUCACCCAGCCAAAGGAUGGAGGUGGAAGGGGGACCUCAGAGGGGCUGUUCUGGUCCCCCCCACCCUCUGCUGUGUCCCACAAUACUGGGAUAUCACUGCAGGUAGUGGGGUACCAGUUUUGGGGUCCCUCCCACUCAUCCAACCCUCUACUGCCCGGUGAUGAGCAGUGAUUUGGGGCUGGGAGACACCGGGGGGGUCCCUAGUGCCCCUGGGACUCUGUCGGGUGGGGGGAGGUCACUGUGUACCCCCCCUGGACCCCUGAUGACAGAGUGUGGGGUGCAUGGGCUGUGGGUGCAGCCCCUGUGCUGUGGGGUGCAGUCAGUCCCACAUGGGUGCAGCACCUGCCACACGGAGCUGUCCCUACCACUCGUGUAGCGAUGCUCAGCCCCGUCCCGGGGUGGGACUCCCGGGGGAUUCCCAUGCGCGGGCGGGCGGGGCCGGGGCCGAGCCCCCUCCCCGGGACAGUCCGGGCUCCUCCCGCGGGCGGCGGAGCGGCGCGGCCGGGGCACGGCGGCGGGAUGGAGGGUCCCCGGGACCGCUCCCGGUGGCGGUGCCAGUGGCUGCCCUGGGUCGCCCUGCGGCUGCUCGCGGUCGCCGCCUUCAACCUGGACGGCAGCAGCCCCGUGCUGAAGGACGGCGAGCGGGGCAGCCUCUUCGGGGCCGCCGUGGCGCUGCACCGGCAGCUCAGCCCCGAACCGGCGGGCUGGCUGCUGGUGGGGGCCCCCCAGGCGCAGGCGCUGCCCAGCCAAGGUGCCAACCGGACCGGGGGGCUCUUCGCCUGCCCACUGACCCCCGAGCUCUCCGACUGCUGGCGGGUGCCCAUCGAUGAGGGAGUGGACCCGCAGCGGGAGAGCAAAGAGAACCAGUGGCUGGGGGUGAGCGUGAAGAGCCAAGGAGCCGGAGGGAAGAUCGUGACCUGCGCCCAUCGGUACGAGGUGCGGCACCGGGUGCGACAGCCGCUGGAGACGCGGGACGUGAUCGGGAGGUGCUUCGUGCUGAGUCAGGACCUGCGGGUGCGGGACGAGAUGGACGGCGGCGAAUGGAAGUUCUGCGAGGGUCGGCCUCAGGGCCAUGAGCGCUUCGGCACCUGUCAACAGGGCCUGGCGGCCGCGUUCAGCCCCGACCGCCGCUACGUCCUGCUCGGGGCCCCCGGCACCUACAACUGGAAGGGGACCCUGCGUGUGGAGCAGCUCAACCAGAGCUCUCUGGACCUGCUGCGCCCGGACGCCGGUCCCUUUGAAGCGGGGGGGGAGAAGGACCAGGACCCCUCGCUCAUCCCCGUGCCCGCCAACAGCUACUUCGGGCUGCUCUUUGUGACAAACAUUGAGAGCGCCGCCCCCGACCAGAGGGUCUUCCGGACCCCCCAGCCCGGCGAGAGGGUCCCCGGCGCCGCCCCCGACGUGGCCCACAAUAGCUACAUGGGGUUCUCCGUGGACUCGGGCGCGGGGCUGACGCGCCGCGGGGGGCUGAGCUUUGUCACCGGCGCCCCCCGCGCCAACCACACCGGGGCUGUGGUGAUCCUGCGUCGCGACAGCGCCAACCGCCUGGUGCCCGAGGCGGUGCUGCCCGGGCCGCAGCUCAGCUCAGCCUUCGGGCACGCCCUGGCCGUGCUCGACCUCAACAGCGACGGGUGGAUGGACCUGGUGGUGGGAGCCCCCCACUUCUUCGAGCGCCAGGAGGAGAUCGGGGGGGCUGUUUAUGUUUACAUCAAUCCCGGGGGGCUCUGGGACAAUGUGACCCCCCUGCGGCUCAACGGCACCCGGGGGUCCAUGUUCGGCACCGCCCUGAGCGCAGCCGGGGACCUCAACCACGAUGGGUUUGAGGACCUGGCGGUGGGAGCCCCUUUCGACGGCGCCGGCAAAGUGUUCAUUUACCACGGCAGCGCCCUGGGCAUCGCAGCCAGGCCGGCCCAGGUCCUGGACGGGGAGGCCGUGGGGGUCCCAACCUUCGGGUAUUCCCUGUCGGGGGGGCUGGACGUGGACGGGAACCUGUACCCUGAUCUGCUGGUGGGGUCCCUGUCCGACACCGUGGUGCUCUACAGGGCCCGCCCGGUGGUCCAUGUGUCGCGGAACGUGUCCCUGCUGCCCCCCACCAUCGACCUGGAGCAGAGCAACUGCCACCACCGGGAGGGCAUCUGCGUGGAGGUCCGAGCCUGUUUCAGCUACACGGCCAGUCCUGCGACCUACAGCCCCCGCCUCGAGCUGGAGUUCGUGCUGGACGUGGACACCGAGCGCCGGCGCCGUGGCCAAGCCCCCCGGGGGUUGUUCCUGAGCCGUGGCCCCACGGACCCCGAGCACCAGCUCUCUGGGACCCUGGAGCUGCCCCGGCAGCGCAGCCGGGCCUGCGUCACCCCCACCUUCCAGCUGCACGACGGGAUCCGGGAUAAGCUGCGGCCCAUCAUUGUCACCUUGGCCUAUGGGAUCCGGGGGCCUGGGGGACACCGGGGGGCGGGGGCUGUGCUGCCCCCCCUUUCCCCUGCACUCAGCCCCCAUCAACCCAGCACCCACCGCACUGAGGUGCAUUUCCUGCGCCAGGGCUGCGGGGAUGACAAGAUCUGCCAGAGCAACCUCCAGCUGCGCUUCCAGUUCUGCACCCGCCGUGGCGACAGCGAAUUCCUGCCCCUGCCCAGGGCCGAUGAUGGCACUGCCAUCUUCGCCAUGAGUGACCAGAAGGACGUGGCCCUGGAGGUCCUGGUGACUAACGAGCCGUCUGACCCGGCGGAGCCGCAGCGGGACGGGGACGACGCCCACCAGGCCCAGCUCACGGCCACCCUCCCCCCAGAGCUGCCCUACGCGGCCGUGCGGCCCGAUGAGGGCGGGGGGCUUGGGGACAAGCCCGUGCUGUGCCUCGCCAACCAGAACGGCUCCCAGGUGGAGUGUGAGCUGGGGAACCCCCUGAAACGUGGAGCACAGGUGCGGUUCUUCCUCAUCCUCAGCACCUCGGGAAUAACCAUCCACACCUCGGACCUGGCAGUGGAGCUCGCGCUUUCCACGAUCAGCGAACAGCCAGGGCUGGAGCCAGUGGUCGCUCGUGCCCGGGUGGUCCUUGAGCUGCCCCUCUCCGUGACGGGAGUGGCCGUGCCCCCCCGGCUGUUUUUCGGGGGGGAGGUGCGGGGGGAGAGCGCGGUGCGCAGGGAGAGCCAGGUGGGCAGCGCUGUCAGCUUCAAGGUCACGGUGUCCCACAGGGGACAGGCGCCAAAGACUCUGGGCUCUGCCUUCCUCACCCUGCACUGGCCCCUUGAGCUGCCCAACGGGAAGUGGCUCCUGUACCCCCUGAGCCUGGAACUGGGCACACCCCCCGUGCCCUGCAGCCCCUCUGCCAACCCCCUGCGCCUCACCCUGGAACCUCUGGGACAAGGUGACCCCCCCCAGGUGCCCCCACCGCGGUCCUGGUGGGUCCCAGCGCCCUCAGAGAGGAGGAGGAACGUGACACUGGACUGUGCCCGGGGCACCGCCCGCUGCCGCCUGUUCCGGUGCCCGCUGCCCACCCUGGAGCGCUCAGAGCUGCGGGCACGGGGCCGCCUCUGGAAUGGCACCUUCCUGGAGGAAUUCCUGGAUGUCUCCUCGCUGGAGCUGAUUGUUCGUGCCGAGGUUUCCAUCACCUCCCCCAGCAAGAACCUGGUGCUCAAGGAUGCGGCCACGCAGAUGUCGGUGUCCAUCCACCUGGACCCAGGGGUGGCGGUGGCGGGGAUCCCAUGGUGGGUUGUCCCACUGGCGGUGCUGGUUGGGAUUCUCGUCCUGGCCCUGCUGGUCCUCGGGCUCUGGAAGGUGGGGUUUUUCCGCCGUGCCCGCCGUGCCCCCCCCGCGGUGCCCCAGUACCAUGCUGUGCGGAUCCCGCGGGAGCAGCGGCGGCACCUCCUCGAGGGCAGAACGGGCACGAUCCAGAGGCAGGAAUGGGCCGCCAGCCCCGCCGAGCCCCUGGACGGACGCAGGACCCCCAGCUCUGCAUAGACCCCCCGCUGUGAAAUGGGGGGUGGGCACGGGGGGCACAGACACAGGGUAGGGCAUAUGGAACAUGGGAUGUGGGACACGGACAUGGGAUACGGGAUGUGGGACACAGACACAGACAAGGGAUAAGGGACAUGGGUACGGGAUGUGGGACACAGACACAGACAAGGGAUAAGGGACAUGGGUACGGGAUAUGGACACAGGACAUUGGACAUGGAUAUGGAACACAGGAUGUGGACAUGGAACAUGGGAUAUGGACAUAGGACACAGACAUGGGAUAUGGGACGUGGAACACAGAUUACGGAACACGGGAUAUGGGACAUGGGACAUGAAACAUGGGACACAGACAGGGGACAUGGGACAUGGGACAUGAGAUUGUCUGCCCUGGCUGUGCUCUGGGGAUGGUGGCAGGAACAGGGGACACGGACAUGGACACAGAGUCUGGGACACGGAACCUGGGAUGCGGGCCACGGAAUAUGGAACACAGGACAUGGAUUUCCCGCCCUGGCCGUGCCCUGGGAAGGUCCCAGCAAGGCACUGGCUGUGCUGGAGCUCCUGGGAAUGUUUGUCAUGGGAUGGGAUCAUCGGGCCCACGGGGCAUUUUGGCCCUACAGGGUCAGUUUGGUCCCAGGGGUCACUUCAGCCCCACAUGGAGGGUUUGGCCUCACACUGGGGUCUCCACCCCUGGGCUCAGCUCGGCCCCACAGCAAUGUUCACCUCAAUAAAAGGUGCUGUCCCCCCA